UCUACAGUAUAAAACUCUCUCCCCGUCUUAUCUUCUCUUCCUCUCUGAAACGUCUCCUCCUUCCGCCCCCCUCGCUCUCCAUCCCCUCCGGGCCAUCGCCGCCUGAAUCCUUCACUAGGGUUAGGGUUUACGUAACGAACCCGCGCCAUGGCUACCUUCACUUCCCAGGUCAGCGCGAUGGCUGGCGCCUCCCCGUCGUGCUCUCUCUUCGUGAGCCGGCGGCGGCCGGCGGUCAUGCCCCUGCAGAUGCGGGUUGCUCGUGGCGGGAGGCCGCGCGGGUUGGCGAUGCGGGUGACGUGCGAGAAGGUGGUGGGAAUCGACCUGGGCACCACCAACUCCGCCGUCGCGGCGAUGGAGGGCGGUAAGCCGACGGUGAUCACCAACGCCGAGGGCCAGCGGACGACGCCGUCGGUGGUGGCGUACACCAAGGGAGGAGAACGGCUAGUGGGCCAGAUUGCCAAGAGGCAGGCCGUCGUCAACCCGGAGAACACCUUCUUCUCCGUCAAGCGCUUCAUUGGACGCAAGAUGGCUGAGGUAGAUGACGAGGCCAAGCAGGUCUCGUAUAACGUUGUGCGCGAUGAGAACGGAAACGUCAAGCUCGACUGCCCUGCUAUCGGCAAGCAGUUCGCAGCGGAAGAGAUAUCCGCGCAGGUAAUUUCCCUUUUCUUAUUUAUUAUUGUAGCUUAACAUAAGGAGGCAAUG